UCUCUCCCCCUGUCGCUCUCUCUCUCUCGUCUGUGUUCACUUUCACAUGUUUGAGUCGGAGGAUAGCAGUCUGUUUCCUGACACGCAGAGACUUCUCUCCAAGACGCAACUCCGCCAGCAACACCUAAAGUUGGAUGCUCGGCUGUGCUUUUUGUGAAUGGAGAGGAGACGCUCGGGCAGACGGGAUGGACAGACGUCUUUGCGUCCCUCAGAGACGGAGAUGAGACAGGCUCGGAUCUGAAACGACACUUAAGAGCUGGAAUAAAUCACACGUACAGUUACACACACCUGAGGAUCUGGACGGAUUCCUCUGUGAGGAUGGCACACACAGACGAGGACCUGAUUGGAAUCCCCUUCCCAAACCACAGCAAUGACGUCCUGUGCAGUCUUAACGAGCAGCGCCGGGAUGGCCUGCUUUGCGACGUCAUCCUAGUGGUCCGUGACCAGGAGUACCGCACCCAUCGCUCCGUCCUGGCCGCAUGCAGCCAGUACUUCAAAAAACUCUUCACAGUGGCCACCGGCUCCAGCCGGGACUCCAACCAGCACUCCGUCUACGAGCUGGACUUCGUGGCGCCUGAAUCGCUCACGGCCAUUCUGGAGUUCGCAUACACGUCAACGCUGACCGUCACGGCAUCCAACGUUAAGGAGAUCCUAAGCGCCGCGAGGCUUUUGGAAAUUCCCUGCAUUAUAAACGUGUGUUUGGAAAUCAUGGACACGGGAGGAGGAGAACCAGGAGGAGGAGGUGGAGAAGGACCUCCGGAAGGAGAGGAGUUUGAGGGGGAUGAUGAGGAAGAUGAGGAUGAAGAGGAUGAGGAGGAAAUGGAGGAGGAGGUCGACUCCAAAGACGGAGAAUUUGAGGACAACAAUAGCGAGAAAUCCACACAAGGGGCAGAAAACCGAGAGGAACCAAAAGUUUGGGAAGACAGAAGAACGGACAGCCCACCUUGUAGCUCUCAACAAGGGGCGCCGGACCGGGAUGGCCAAGAAUUCCAAAGACGCCAAUCGGACACUCCGGAAGCGCAGAAACCUAGAGCGCCGGAGGGAUUGGAGGGCCGGGCGCUGAAGGAUUUCUCAAUAGAGUCCUUACUCCAAGAGGGGCUCUAUCCGAAGGUGCCAGGCUUGGAAAGAGGCGCCGGAUUCUCACCCCUUCUCCCAGGCUUCUAUCCGCCCAUGUGGGCGGCAGAAUUCCCAGGCUACCCUCAGAUUCUGGAGCCCCAUCACCCUUCCCAUCCUUUCCCCAAUGCUUCACUUGAAAACGGUCCUUUGGACCUUGCGGUCAAGAAAGAAGUCAUUAAAGAAGAGUUAAAGGACGAGCCUACGAACCCUAUCCUCCAUAGAGACUUCCUCAAAGACUUCAUGAGUCCAGGGUUGGGAAUAACCUCCGACCCCGCCCUCGGUCCGAUCAAAGAGGGAGCGGAUCUGCGGUCCUACCUGAGUUUUCUGUCCGCCUCCCAUCUCGGGACGCUGUUUCCUCCGUGGCAGCUGGAGGAGGAGAGGAAGAUGAAGCCCAAGGCGUCACAGCAGUGCCCGAUCUGCAACAAGGUGAUUCAAGGAGCGGGAAAGCUGCCACGGCACAUGCGAACACACACCGGAGAGAAGCCCUACAUGUGCACCAUCUGUGAGGUCCGCUUCACCAGACAAGACAAGCUGAAGAUUCACAUGCGCAAGCACACCGGCGAGAGGCCGUACAUCUGCCUGCACUGCAACUCUAAGUUCGUUCACAACUACGACCUGAAAAACCACUUGCGCAUCCACACAGGUGUGCGGCCGUACCAAUGCGAGCACUGCUACAAGAGCUUCACACGCUCCGACCACCUGCACCGACACAUCAAGCGGCAGAGCUGCCGCGUCUCACGCCCACGACGAGGCCGAAAGCCCUCCGCCUGGCGGUCAACCAACUUCCUCUUCCCUCCAGAUCCCAACGCCCUCCAACCGGACAGGACCAUGCGGCUUCCCGCCGCUGGCACCGGCGCCCCCUUGCUGGCGAAACAGCAGCCUACGGGAGGAAAAACACCAGAGGACAUCGACGGUGACAACCGGGAGACGGACAGGAAGCUCAUCCCGGAGGAUGUGAACAGGAAGCGGGGCGUGUUUGCUUUCGCCGUGGCGACCGAGGACGUUCUGCCACACCCGCCCUUCUAUUCGGCGACCUCUGACCCCUGGGCCGUGAGACUGGAACGAGCUCCGCCCAUUCCCGAGGCCGCCAAGUGACUUUCGUUCAAUCCUUGAAACAGCUGCUCGCUUCGGACGCCACAAAGUCUUUACGAACCGGGUUCAGACUCUGUAAUAUUAAAUGAGAAUUACAACUUUGUUUGUUCGUUUGUUUCAUAAGUCAGCUUCCAAAUGGGAUGACAGGGAUUUUAAAUACUUUUUAAAUGACUAGAUUUGUUAAUAUCUUGGAUGUGCAUUUGUUAAAGCUGUUUUUGAUGCUUCAGCGUUUGCUAACAAGGGUGAUGCGCUCAUAGACUGUUCAGUGCAAUGGAGUAUGUGAAAAUCGAAUGCAAAAAUUUGACAAUCAGGUAUGCAGAAAGAAAAAAAGUCCUGCUGAAUAAGCUAGAAGCAUUGAUGUUUGCAUUGUAUGAUCUGACAGGUUUUCUAAUUAAAGAGUUUUCACAAGCUAAAUCUAGAUGAAAAUUAUAAAUUUACACAUUGUAAUCCACUAUGCAAAAGCGGUUGCAUUUUUUAGAAUUACCUACCUAGAAAGAUCAAAUUAAUCGGAAAAACUCUCAGGAUUAGAAGUUUUUUUUACAGCCAAAAUAUCACGUUAUACAUAAUAAGAUGUCAAAUCAAUCUGCGUCAAUUUCAGGAUUGAUUUAUUUAUAUUGUGCAUUUCAAAUUGACCCUUGAUUAAAUCGAAUGCUGUUUAAAAUAAUUUGUAUAGACGGCUUUCAGGUUCUACGGUGGAAUUGUUCAUUAUUGUGAGUGUUUCUAUUGUAAAACAUCCAAAGACGUGUUGUUAAAAAACAAACUUGAAAUCCAAUCUGUUUGCAAAGCAGUCUUUCUCACAUACGAAGUGUCUUGGAGGUGCUUGUCGUGUACAGGAAAAUAAAACGGGGGGAAAACGUCCACAACUUUGACAUCGUUCCUCAUCUGAAUGGCUAGUUCAGCGGCAUUUAAACUGAAACGAAACAUAUUUUCAUGCUAUUUAUGCAUAUUUAAAUAAGCCUCGGCUAUAUUUUACUAAGAUGCUUUAUAAAGACACUAACACAUUUCUGGUUCAUCAGUUUUUCAAGAGAGAAUAUGUCAACGCAGUGUACGAUAUUAGAAAUCAAAACAAUACGGUAAUAAAAAAGCUUUUAACAAAUAAAAUCCCCCCCCUUUGAGACUUGUAAGACGCCCACAAAACAAAAUGCACAAGUACUCCAGAUCAUCUGAAAAAAAAUGAUGUUUCUGCACUUCACAUGAGACAUUUAAAAUGUUUUUUAUCUUGGUGUGCAAAAUGCAAAGAUGUUUCAAUGGCCAUGUACAAUGAAGGUGCUUAAAGACGUGUGUAAAUAUAUAUAUGAAGCCCUUCUGUGGCGACGGUGGGAACUUACUUGCACUAUUUGUUUGAUGAUGUUUUAUUAUCGGUUACAAAAUAUUGAUAUUUCUUAAAGAUUUAAAAACAUACAAAAAAAUAAAAAAUAAAAAUCACAGAACAUGUCUGAGAUAUGCACUUUACUCCUCUUUAACACAAGAACGAUUUCAGUGAAAGUCAUUUUUAUAAAUGUGUGUGGUAUUUGUAUAUUAGAUUAAUCCCUGGUAAACGGAAUCAAAGAACUGGAAUACAAUAAAAAAAAACUUUU